UAUUUCGAGUUCUGCUUCCAUUGGACAACGUCGGUGGACAGCUGGCGCCUCUAGUGAGUUUUAUUGAAACAAUUCCUUUUGGGAUUUGUUGACAGGAGUGAAUGUUUCUAAAGGGAACUUAAAAUUAAAUCCGAGCGAUGGUGCGAAUGAACGUACUGAGCGACGCUCUAAAAUCGAUAAACAAUGCAGAGAAACGGGGAAAACGGCAAGUCCUUAUUCGCCCUUGUUCAAAAGUUAUAAUUAAAUUUUUAACUGUUAUGAUGAAGCAUGGAUACAUUGGCGAAUUUGAAAUUGUUGAUGACCAUAGGAGUGGCAAAAUAGUGGUAAAUUUAACAGGUAGAUUGAACAAGUGCGGUGUAAUUUCCCCAAGGUUUGAUGUACCAAUAACACAUAUUGAAAAGUGGACAAAUAAUUUAUUACCAUCAAGACAAUUUGGAUAUGUAGUAUUGACUACAAGUGGAGGUAUAAUGGACCACGAGGAAGCCAGGAGAAAACAUCUAGGUGGAAAAAUCUUGGGAUUCUUCUUCUAAUGUAACUCUAAGAAAUAAAAUCAUAUAAUAGGAAUAAAUUGUUUUUUUA